GGACUUUUAAAAUAGUACUUGUUGCAGGAGACUGUUAGUUCUGAGGAGAAUUUCUUGAUUCCAACCAGCAUUCCAAAGAGGAAAGAAACUGUUAGAAUGUCAGAUCCAAAACCCAUUACCAAGGAGAAAAAAAAGCCAGUAGUACCUGGCCAUACAGGACGAAGAUCUCUCCCUCCAAAUGUUUCCAAUCGAGAAGAAGAUGAGAUCCCAACCAUGGAAUUGUUUGGUGUACUUCCGAGAGGAACCAACAUGAAAGUUUACCUGGAAGUUCAAGCUGUCCAUCUGUUCAAGAUGCAAUAUGAAAAAAAUAAGAAAGAACAUCAUACUGACAAAUACGUAAACGACAAACUCAUCAUACGCCGUGGACAGACUUUCAGUAUCCAGAUCGAUUUUGAUCGUCCCUACAACCCUGAUACAGACCAGUUUUGGGUUGAAUAUAUCAUAGGUCGCUAUCCACAGCAAAGCAAAGGCACAUAUAUACCAAUUCCAAUAGUGGACAAACUAGAAGUAGGAAAAUGGGGAGCAAUAAUCACUCGCAAAGAACACAACUCUGUCAACUUAACCAUUUUAUCUGCACCAGACUGCAUUAUCGGGAAAUUCAGAAUGUAUGUGGCUGUACUAACACCCCAUGGCAUUAUGAGGACAAAUAGGAACGCUGAGACAGAUACUUACAUUCUCUUCAACCCCUGGUGCAAAGAGGAUGCAGUGUACAUGGAUGAGGAGCAAGAGUUAGAGGAGUAUGUCAUGGAUGAUGUCGGUGUGGUUUUUCAUGGAGAUAUAACCAACAUGAAGACAAGAAGCUGGGAAUAUGGGCAGUUUGAAGAACGGGUCCUUGAUGCUUGCCUUUAUAUAAUGGACAAAGCUCAACUAGAUCUUUCUGGACGAGGAAAUCCUAUCAAAAUUAGUCGAGUUGGAUCUGCAAUGAUAAAUGCCCGCGAUGACGAUGGUGUAAUUGCUGGCAGUUGGAAUAAUGACUACACUAUGGGAGUGUCUCCAUCCGCCUGGACUGGGAGUGUAGAUAUCUUGGUUGAAUAUCACAGUUCUGGUCUGCCUGUAAGAUAUGGGCAGUGCUGGGUCUUUGCUGGGGUUUUCAAUACAUUUCUUCGAUGCUUGGGAAUACCAGCACGACUUGUUACCAAUUACUUCUCUGCUCAUGACAAUGAUGCCAACCUCCAAACUGACGUCUUCUUAGAUGAAGAUGGAAAAACUAACACCUCACUCACUAAAGACUCCAUCUGGAAUUACCAUUGCUGGAAUGAGGCCUGGAUGACACGGCCUGACCUUCCUGUGGGUUUCGGGGGAUGGCAAGCGGUUGAUGCGACACCGCAGGAGACCAGUGACGGUAUGUAUAGAUGUGGUCCGGCAUCUGUUCAAGCUAUUAAGCAUGGUCAUGUCUGCUUCCCAUUUGAUGCACCAUUUAUUUUUAGUGAGGUAAACAGUGAUAUUGUGUACUCAAAGGUAUUGAAAGAUGGGACAAAAUCAAUUGAGUAUGUUGACAAAUCACAUGUGGGUCAAAAGAUCGUAACAAAAGAAAUUGGAGUAAAUGGUGCACAUGACAUAACAGACUCAUACAAAUUCUCUGAAGGCACAGAAGAAGAGAGACUAGCCCUUGAUGCUGCACUGAUGUAUGGUGUCAAAAAGGAAAUCAGAGAUGAUGAUCAGCUGCAGUCUGUGCCCGAUGCUGAUAUGGACUUUCAGGCAGAUAAUGCAGUAUUUGGCAGUGACUUCAAAGUCACUUUAACUUUCAAGAACCAGAGCUCAAAUCGUUAUACAAUAGCUGCUUUUCUAACUGGACAUAUUGUUUAUUACACCGGAGUCCUGAAAGCUGAAUUCUUGAACAAAGACCUUAAUGUGACAUUGGAGCCCACAUCAUCUAAAGCAGUUGAAGUUCAAAUAAGAGCCAAUGAGUACUUGAGCAAGAUAGUUGAACAAGCUUCGUUACAUUUUUUCGUUACGGCUCGCAUUAAUGAGACAAAGAAGAUAUUGGCCAAACAGAAGAUUGUGGCACUGCAAGUGCCUGAGCUACGUAUCAAGGCUCUUGGAGAGAAGAUAGUUGGCAAAGAAAUGACAGUGUUGGUGGAGUUUACAAAUCCAUUAAAGAAGAAACUCCAGAAUGUUUUCUUGCGAGUUGGUGGACCUGGUCUCAUGAGGACUAAAAGUCAAACUUUCAGGGAAGUUCCACCAAAUUCGACACUGAAUUGGGAAGAGAAAUGUAAACCAAUGAGAGCCGGUGCAAGAAAAUUAAUUGCUACACUUGAUUGCGAUACCCUGCGCCAUGUUUACGGGGAGCUGGAUCUAGUGAUUUUGAGUGACAGUUCUCAGUGAAUGGUCUGUCUCCAAUAUUAGUCAUGUCAUAUUAUCCUAGUUAAAUCAGUUAUAUCCUAUGGGAGACAGAAAUGUAUACAGUUGCAAUUUACUAAAAAGUCAUAGCAUGAAAAGAAUUCUAACUGCCUGAUUGUUUCUCCUUUAAGACAAUAAUAAUAAUCCCUUGCUUAUAGCAAUGUUCUGUAAUAAUCAAAUAAAAACAUAUACAAAUCAUAAUAACAAUAAAAUAACAUUUGUUUCUA